ACACUUUUGCACCCUCGAAAUUUCAACCAGCAAACGAGAGAGAAGAAGGAAACCAGAAGCAACUAAAAACCCUAGGUUACUACGUCGUUUUAGUACUCAACAAUGGAAGCGGAAGACGAUACUGCGGGGACUAUCAUCGACGAGGACGAGAUCUGCAUCAACGGCGGAAACGACGCCCAAUCAUCGCAGCGCCACCGCCCUAUCAUCAGCGGCGAGCAGCUCGAUGUCGAGGCGUACGCGGCUCUGUACACCGGCCGCACGAAAGUCACCCGCCUCCUCUUCAUCGCCGAGAAGUGCGGCGUCCCGUCGAUGCAGCUGGAGGCUCUGCGAAUGGCUUAUGACGAGAUUAAGAAGGGGGAGAACACGCAGCUGUUCAGAGAUGUUUUAGCGAAGAUUGCUGGCCGAUUGGGGCCUAAUUAUGGGCCGGAUAAUGCUUGGGCGGAUGCCGUCGACCGGCGGGCCGAGUUGAGGAGGGAGAAGCUCGAAAACGAACUCAAUGCUUACAGGACAAAUUUGAUCAAAGAAAGCAUUCGGAUGGGAUACAAUGAUUUUGGAGAUUUUUACUACCUGCAUGGUCAGCUUGGAGAAGCAUUUAAGAAUUAUGUCCGCACACGUGACUACUGCACUACAUCUAAACAUAUUGUUCAUAUGUGUUUGAAUGCAAUUCUGGUGAGCAUUGAGAUGGGUCAAUUCACUCAUGUUACUAGCUAUGUUAGCAAGGCUGAGCAAAGCCAAGAUGCCUUGGACCCUGUUACAAUUGCAAAGCUACGCUGUGCUGCUGGAUUGGCUCACCUGGAAGGGAAAAAAUAUAAGCUUGCUGCUCGAAAGUUCCUGGAAACUGGCCCGGAACUAGGGAACAGCUACACAGAAGUAAUUGCACCCCAAGAUAUUGCUACCUAUGGCAGUCUAUGUGCACUUGCAACUUUUGAUCGUGCUGAACUGAAGAGCAAAGUUAUUGACAACGUUAACUUCAGGAAUUUCCUGGAAUUGGUACCGGAAAUAAGGGAGCUCAUUAACGACUUCCAUACUAGCCACUAUGCAUCCUGUCUGGAAUAUCUAGGAAAUCUCAAGGCAAACUUGUUGCUCGAUAUCCAUUUACAUGAUCAUGUGGAGACUCUAUACGAGCAAAUACGCAGCAAAGCUAUCAUUCAGUACACCCUCCCAUUUGUCUCCGUUGACCUUAAUAUGAUGGCAAAUGCCUUCAAUUCAAGUGUCACAGGCCUUGAGAAAGAGCUAGCCGGUCUCAUCACUAACGACCAAAUACAGGCUAGAAUCGACUCACAUAACAAAAUUCUGUAUGCUCGGCAUGCUGAUCAGAGGAAUGGCACGUUCCAGCGGGUCCUACAAACCGGGAGUGAGUUUGACCAGGAAGUAAGAGCCAUGCUUUUGAGAGCAAACCUAAUCAAGCAUGAGUAUAGUCUUAAGUCAUCACGGAAGCAUUAGAAUAAUGUAUAGUUUGAGGGAUUCUAUGAGAAUAUCAGAGCUAUGCAAGUUUUUUUUUUUUAAAUCUAUUUUUGGAAGAUUUAUAUGCUCUGAAAAAUAGAAUUCCGGAAAGUGUUGAAUCUUCUAGAAGCACAUUGGCUCUCCGAGCGUGCGUCAUGACGAAAUUCGACAAAUGGUUUUUUUUUUCUUUCGGGUUUUGAAGCCUUCAUUGUCAGUUUUAAUCUAGAGCAUAUUUAUUUGUAAUUACUGUGGAUUUCUUUUUUUUGUCUUGAAUAUUUUAAAAUUAUGGUUA